UCACCUGGCAUCGUCAUCAUCACGCAAUGUCUGCAGUGAGGAGAGACGUUUUGAAGCUUCAACCAAUUCAAUUCCAUUAUAGUUUUAUGUUUCCAUACGUUCACAGCAAGUUACUAAGAAUUUGCUAGUAGUAGGCUCAUUCACGUAGGCUACAAUUGAAGAAGGUAAUUAAGCAUGACAGGUUGAUGGUGUGCUUUAGCAUAUUAAAUAGGGAAUAAACUGAGCUGUUGUCCAUACUGCAAUUGGAUGACAUUUUUUUCUUUAUUUAUGUGUCAUUGUAUGGAGGCUUUGGAGUAAAGUUUUACUUAAUAAUAUGCUUUAAUUCCAGUGUGGCCACAUAUUAAUAACUGCAUUCCCUUCUCCAUCUAAAUCAAAAAUCCAAGUUAAAGAAUAGGACUAAAAUCAAAUCAAACCUUAUUUAAAGUGUGUUGGAUUUGAUUUAGUGCUAUUCUUUAAGUACAAUUUUUUGGUUGGGAUAGAGAUGUGAAUCCAACAUAUCAAUUAUUAAUUUGUAGACAAACUGGAAUGGAAGCCAGUCUAAGUCAGUGGCACAGAUGAUGGAACUAUCCAAGCAGAAGAUAAAUCUCCUUCAAAUGUUGAUAUUUGGUUUUGUUGACAGGCAAACACACUUCAAUAUCCUUUUGAAACUAAUUAUGUUGGAUUCACAUCUCCAAAAAUAAAUUGAAGAAUGGGAUCAAGCCAGUGCCUCUGCUGGAACUGCAUGACACAAGGCAUUUUUCCAACAAUUGUUUACAGACAGAUUAUUUCACUUAUAAUUCACUGUAUCACAAUACCAGUGGGUCAGAAGUUUACAUAAACUAAAUUGACUGUGCCUUUAAACAGCUUGAUAAAUUCCAGAAAAUGAUGUUAUCAUUUGAGUCAAUUGGAGGUGUACCUGAGGAUGUAUUUCAAGGCCUACCUUCAAACUCAGUGCCUCUAUGCUUCACAUCAUGGGAAAAUCAAAAGAAAUCAGCCAAGACCUCAGAAUAAAAAUGUAGAGCUCCACAAGUCUGGUUCAUCCUUGGGAGCAAUUUCCAAACGCCUGAAGGUACAACGUUCAUCUGUACAAACAAUAGUACGCAAGUAUAAACACCAUGGGACCACGCAGCCGUCAUACCGCUCAGGAAGAGACGCGUUCUGUCUCCUAGAGAUGAACGUACUUUGGUGCGAAAAGUGCAAAUCAAUCCCAGAACAACAGCAAAGGACCUUGUGAAGAUGCUGGAGGAACCAGGUACAAAAGUAUCUAUAUCCACAGUAAAACGAGUUCUAUAUCGACAUCACCUGAAAGGCCACUCAGCAAGGAAGAAGCCACUGCACCAAAACCGCCAGAAAAAAGCCAGACUACAGUUUGCAACUGCACAUGAGGACAAAUAUCGUACUUUUUGGAGAAAUGUCCUCUGGUCUGAUGAAACAAAAAUAGAACUGUUUGGCCAUAAUGACCAUUGUGGAGGAAAAAGGGGGAUGCUUGCAAGCUGAAGAACACCAUCCCAACCGUGAAGCACGUGGGUGGCAGCAUCAUGUUGUGGGGGUGCUUUGCUGCAGGAGGGACUGGUGCACUUCACAAAAUAGAUGGCAUCAUGAGGUAGGAAAAUGAUGUGGAUAUAUUGAAGCAACAUCUCAAGACAUCAGUCAGGAGGUUAAAGCUUGGUCGUAAAUGGGUCUUCCAAAUGGACAAUGACCCCAAGCAUACGUCCAAAGUUGUGGCUAAAUGGCUUAAGGACAACAAAGUCAAGGUAUUGGAGUAGCCAUCACAAAGUCCUGACCUCAAUUCUAUAGAAAAGUUGUUGGAAGAACUGAAAAAGUGUGUGCGAGCAAGGAGGCCUACAAACCUGACUCAGUUACACCAGCUCUGUCAGGAGGAAUGGGCCAAAAUUCACCCAACUUAUUGUGGGAAGGUUUUGGAUGGCUACCUGAAACGUUUGACCCAAGUUAAACAAUUUAAAGGCAAUGCUACCAAACACUAAUUGAGUGUAUAUAAACGUCUGACCCACUGGGAAUGUGAUGAAAGAAAUAAAGCUGAAAUAAAUCAUUCUCUCUACUAUUAUUCUGACAUUUCACAUUCUUAAAAUAAAGUGGUCAUCCUAAAACAAAAAUUUUUACUAGGAUUAAAUGUCAGGAAUUGUGAAACUGAGUUUAAAUGUAUUUGGCUAAGGUGUAUGUUAACUUCCAACUUCAACUGUACAUAUCCUUGAAAUUGUGUUGUCAACAAAACACAAUUCAAUAUUACUUUUUUAAUAAAGUGAAUGGCCUAAAGUUAAGGCUCUUACAAACUAAUUUAACAUUCAACCUCAAAAUAGGUAACUUACCCAUGGCCACAUUUUGAGGUUACUGUAACUAUAAACGUAUUCUUAUAUAAUCAUAUAAAGCAUGCAUAUUCAAGAUAGCAUGCACAGGUCAUCUUAGGUCGGUGGAGAUCUUCACAAUUGCUUUAAUAAUCUGUGCAGAAAUCUUGAGUAACAACUAAACCAAAAAUCAGACAUUGUUUUCCAUUGGAAUUUGGUUGUACUUUUAGAUUGUUGAAAGCAUAGUGAUAAUGCAUUGGAAAUUCAACUAACUUUUGCCUUUUUUUUCUUCAAUAAUUCAUCAUAUAAACCACCGAAAAGAAAGAUUGAUAGCACAGGGCUAAUCUCUCUUUAGGGUGGCAGCUAGCCUAGCGGUUAAAUGCGUUGGGCCAGUAACCAAAAAGUCUCUGGUUUGAAUCCCCACACCUACUAAGUGAAGAAUCUGUCUGUGCCCUUGAGCAAGGCACUUAACUCUAAUUGCUCCUGUAAGACGUUCUGGAUAAGAGUGUCUGCUGUGACUAAAAUGUGAUGACUAAAAUGACUAAAAGUGACUAAAAUGUGAAUCAACUGCUCAAAACCCUUUUAUAAGCACCUGAAUAAAACGUAUUGGGGCUGAGCACUGAUUGGUGAACAGCAGAACAUCAAGAGGUUCAAUCACCAGAAGACAACACACUUAAUGGAAAACUAAUCUGGAUAUUGAUUGGCUACAGGCUGUCAAAGUAUGCAGUAUCUAUAAAUACACUGGCUCAUUUCACACUAUUGUUGCUGACAGCUCACUGUACAAGAACUUUACUUUGUUUAUUGUUCAAAGUGAAGGGCAUUUAAAGCUGCUCAGUAACAGCAAGAUCAAAGUUCUUGAAGCUAUAGAUAUGGGUUGAGUAAUCAACCCAUUCAUUGAAAGGAUUACAGAGAUAAAACGAUAAGAAGACUAAAGAAAGAGGGAGAGAGGCAGACUUUGGACCCACUUUGCUCACUCCUCUCCUGGGUGUACUAGUCCCAGACCUCACCCUCCCAUCUGCCUGCACUGCCUAGCUCUCGGCUCUCUCCAGUUCCUCACCAUGAAGAUCCAAUUUGCCCCUACUGACUUGCCACUAACCAGGAGACUGCAGAUGGCCUCAGUGCUGCAGUGGGUCUUUUCCUUUCUCGGCCUGGCGCCAUGCUGCAUCAUGAUGUUCCUUGUGUUGAUGUUCACGCGGUUCUGGCUGAUCAGCGUGCUGUAUGCCUGUUGGUUUUUCGUCGACUGGAAAACGCCGUCUAAGGGGGGGCGCAAGUUCCACUUCCUGUGCCAUCUACGUGUCUGGGACUACAUGAGGGACUACUUCCCUGUCAAGCUGGUGAAGACAGCAGACUUGGACCCCGGGAAGAACUACAUCCUUGGUUUCCAUCCCCAUGGGGUGCUGGUGGCUGGAGCCUUCAUUAACUUCUGUACGUACGCUACAGGUUUCAGGAAGCUGUUCCCUGGCCUUGACAGCUUCCUGCUGAUGCUGCCUCUCUGGUUCAGAGCCCCCUUCUUCAGAGACUACAUCAUGAUGGCAGGUCUGAUUCCCUCGGACAAGGAGAGUGCCAGCUAUCUGUUACGUCGACAGGGAGGUGGGAAUGCUGUUGUUAUAGCAGUGGGAGGAGCCCCCGAGGCCCUGGACGCACGCCCUGGCGCUUUCACCAUUCUCUUGGCCAAUAAGAAAGGUUUUGUCAAACUGGCAAUGGAACAUGGUGCCCAUCUGGUGCCAGUCUUCUCCUUUGGAGAGAACGAGUUGUUUGACCAGGUGGAGAACCCUCGAGGCACCUGUCUCCGCUGGAUUCAGGACAAGCUGCAGAGCAUCAUGGGUAUCUCUCUGCCCCUCUUCCAUGCGCGGGGCAUCUUCCAGUACAGCUUUGGUAUCAUGCCCUACAGGAAGCCCAUCAACACUGUGGUGGGACGGCCAAUCAGAGUGGAGAAGAAUGAAAAGCCCACAGUGGAGGAGCUGGAUGCCCUCCAUCAGCUCUACACAGAAGAACUCAGCCAGCUGUUUGAGGAGCACAAGGGCAAGUACGGAGUGCCAGAGGACCAACACCUUAGCUUCGUCUGAGCAGAACUCACAACCAGGAGUGAGAGAGAGAGGGUAGAGGGAGAGAAAAGUGAGGGGAGGAGAAGGAGAGGAAAGAGAGGCGAGAGAGGCUUCCAAACCACCUUUGGCGUUGCACCACCAAAUCCUCUCACUUGACUUUCCUCAAACAGAUAAACCUUUACUGCCAUAACCAACUGAAGGAUCCAGACCAAACUACAGAAGACAAGCAAACCAAUGAAUUGAUAUGGACAUGUAAUAUGAUAUGGAUAUGGAUAUUUCCCUUCAUGUAAACCACUGUAUUGAGUAUGUGCCCAUCCCACACCUAUUUACUUAUUUCCCAUCUUAAGAAAAAUGUAAUGUCUGCAGAUAUUUUUCAAAAUAUAAAAAAAUCUGUGUUUUAAAAAAAUGCAUAAACGUACACUGUUUAAGCGCUCAA